CGCUUAACUCCCCGCACCGGGAGGCUACAGGGGCAGACGGCGGCGGCGGCUUUCCCCCAGCCAGGCCCACAGGCGCUGCGCCCUCCUCCCCGGGAGCUGUGCGGUGACCGGGCAUGGAGCCGGGCAGCUCCCCGCGGCUGCCCCCCGCCUUCCUCCGCCCGCCCAGUCUCUUCUUGCGGGCGGCUGCAGCCGCGGCCACUGGCGGCUCCUCCAGCCCCUGCUGCCCGGCGGCUGGGGGCCCGGAGCGCGGCGCCUGCUCCCCGCGGACCCCGAAGUGCGCCCGCUGCCGCAACCACGGCGUGGUGUCCGCGCUCAAGGGCCACAAGCGCUUCUGCCGCUGGCGGGACUGUGCCUGCGCCAAGUGCGCGCUGAUCGCCGAGCGCCAGCGGGUCAUGGCCGCGCAGGUGGCGCUGCGCCGGCAGCAGGCGCAGGAGGAGAGCGAGGCCCGGGGGCUCCAGCACCUCCGCGGGCGGGCGCCGGCGGGCGGGGGCGUGAGCGCGGAGCUCCAGCCGGGGAGAAGAGAAGAACAGGUGCAGAAGUAUGACUCGUACUUCAGGGUGUUAGAAGGUCCUGUAGUCCUAUCACAUCCUCCUCCCCUGAUAUCUUCGCCUGAGUCAGCGGAAGCUAGUGGAAGCUGUAGAGUGAAGUCAUCUGGGCUGGAAAUCUCGGAAAAGGAAGAGAAUGUUCAGUGUCCUAGUCCGGAGCAGCAGUUGGAAGGUGUAGAAAGUUCAGGAUCUCUUUCUUCUUCAGACAUGGAAUCAGGAAAUGAAAGUGAAUGGUCCAAGGAUUUUGCUGCCCCCCGUUCCAGUCUGCCUGCUGCUGCUUCAAGACACAGAGACCCACUUGGCAUUCUCACCAAAGUCUUUCCUAGUCAUAAACGAAGCAAGCUGGAGAGUAUCCUGCAGUUCUGCAAAGGAGAUGUGGUCCAAGCCAUAGAACAGAUCUUGAAUAGGAAAGAGAAUAAACAAAAUGUCAAAGACUUUGCAAACCCAUCUAGAUCUGAAUUUAGUGCCUUACACAGAGCCUCUAGUUUUAGCCUCACAGGAUUAGGUGUUGGAGCAUUUGGCAAUACAUCAGCUUUCUCCCCUCUUCAAACCGGUUCUACAUCAUUUGGAAGUGCAACAAAUCUUUAUAGCCUAAACCCUAGAUUGGGGAUUAGUCCUCUAAAACUGGCUUAUUCCACCCCUGGAAGAGGGCUGCCUGGAUUUAUGUCACCCUACUUAACACCUGGACUGGUUCCAGCUUUGCCUUUUCACCCAGCAAUGGACUACUCCUUUUCAGGAGCGAUCAAGGAUGCGUCUUACUUUCCGAGUAAAGAGUCAGUCACUAGCAGUGGAAUUUUCUCAAGGUUAAAUCAAGAAAACCAGUAGUGCCUUUAGCAUAUUCCCUUUCGUAAUGCACUUGCAAAAUAUGCAGCUGUGAUGACAUCUGGACUAGUAUGUCGAGCCUCAAAGGAUGCUUUAAUCCCACAGUCCAUAGAAUAUUAUAUUAGAGGUGGCAGAACACUUCCAGUUCCUUUUUAAAAGAACAUAAUGAGGCUUUAUACACCUUUUGAAUGUGAUUUUUUUUUUAAAUUUUAAUGUAGAAUGGCUUGCAAAACUCAAAUAUUUUUAAGCAAAAAAGAAAAUACUUUAAAUUAUGUAUUUUUCCAUCCAGAAUAUCUGCUGUGAAGAGCUGGUUUCAAAAUUAGCACUGAUUUUGAAACUGAGUUUUUUAUUAUACAUAUAUUUUGUUUGUAUAAUGUCUUCAAAUUGUUUUGUAAAUGAAACAAUAACUAGGAUAUAUUUGUCUGUGAACAGAAAUAGUUGAAUUUUAAGGAAAGUCCAUUAUAACUUUCCUCUCCCUUUAAAAAAAAAUGUUUAAUCAACUCUGUGUACUUAUUUUUGUUUGCAUCAUUGACUUUGGAGACUUAAAACUAAGACUUUCAAAAAUGAGUCCUUAAUGUUAAGUUGAUAAAUCCAUAGUUAGCACUAAAAUAAGCAACGUGAUUUUUCAAAUGAUCUUACUGAAGUAAAUAGAGGCUGCAGGGUGCUAACACUUUUGAAAAUCAGGCUCUUCUUUUAGGUGUCUAAGGCCCUGAUCCUGUAAAAAUGUAUGCACAUACUUAAUUCUGCAUUCUGAGAAUUGCCCCAUUUAAGUUACAGUGCUUGAUUCUCAAUUGUGAUCAAUCAGCAUAGCUCAGCUGAAGUCAGUAGAACUCUGCUACUUUAAGUCAGCUGAGGAUCUGGCUCAUAAGGUGUAAAGUUAAGGAUGUGUGAACAUUUUUGUAGUAUCAGGGCCUAAAUGUGGAUGUAGGAGCCUGAUUUUAGGCACCCAUUUUUAACAGCGUUAGUCCAAAUGUAAAAACUGUACUUCAGUGUGGGGUUUGAAUUUCUGAAAAUCAGUCCUUUGUAUACACUGAAUACAACCCCUAUUUUGGGUUGAAGUUUGGAUUUUUUAAUUUUUAUUUUAUUUUAUUGUAUUGUGGAUUUUUUUUCAUUCAUAAAAUUCUUCUCAAAUGAUGACGGCAAGUACAAUUUCUUUAUACAUUUAUUUUUAUUGCGAGUUUUGUAGACCUUAUGUUGUGGAUCUCAGAGCUAAUCAGUGAACAAAGUCAAAGCAAAUGAGCACCAUCUUCUGGCCAUUCUAGUUUAUUGCAAUUUGAUGGCAGUUUGAAAAGAAAAUUAGCAUUUUGGUUCAUAUCAUAAGGAAUUUAUUUUUUAAAAUCUGCAAAGGUGAGAGAGGUUUCUCUUACAUAUGCUGGUGUUUUAAAUUUUCCUUUACUGGUUACAGUAUGAAUUUUGGAGACUUGCUGUUUAAAUAAUAGGAAAUGUUUGUAUAUUACAAAAAACCUGGUUACAAGUGAGACAGAGUCAAAACCUGCUCUCUCUACUUGUGUGUAAAGUCCUAUUGAUUUCAGUGGGAUUCUUCUUUUGUGUAAGGACACCAGGACUGGGUCUCCCCAAAAUAUUUGAAACAUUUGUUAAAUUACAGGCACAAUUCUUAGACUCCUAUCCUGCUGACUUUUGCAUAUAUGUGUGCUUAAUUUUGCAUAUUUGAGCAGUCCUGCAACAUGACUGUAUAUGUGGCUAAAGUCAAAGUCAUCGCAGAAUCAGAACUAUAGGACUGCAGAACAAGAAAGGGAAUUUCUCUUAGUUGCAUGUAACAACUAAAACAGAGACAUGCUUUUGAGGAAGUAUUUGAUGCUGAUUUUGUUGCUUGAUAUCUAGAAAACAUAACAAAAGUCUGACUUUGGGCCUGAUCAUGCUCCCACUGAAGUCAGUCUUUUUUGCUGUUUAUCUGGUAGAACUAAAGUUUAUUUCAGUCAAACAUCAGGGCAUUUUCUACGUGCUAAGAGGACCUGGGUAGGGUUAGGCAUAAGCAAAAAGUAAACAAUUAUGAAGGCUAAUUAUAUGGAGAACUGGCUUGUUAAAUUAUAUCUUCUGAAUGAUUAUAUUUUAUCAAAGAAUGCAACAGUUUUAUCGCUUGCAAUUGAUGGUAUUUAGCAUCAGUGGAAAUUAGCAAGCUUUCAAUAUUAACUUAUUUUGAAGUUUCAGUAGAUGUCCCUGCUUCAUUUGAUUUCAGUGAGGCCCUAAGUCAGGAAAGCAUGGCUGUUCAGACAUUUAAGCAUGUGCUUUAGCAGGGAUGGAUUUAAGUAUGUGCUUAAAUGCUUUCCUCAGCUGAGGCCAGAAUGCCAAAAUAAGGGCAUGUCUAUACAGUGGGGCAAUGCACACUACUGGGUUGUGAUUUCUAAAGCACACCAGUGUGAGACACACUAAUUGGUUCAUGUAGACCCUGCUGUUGCACACUAAGAGUACCAUAGUGCGCUUAUAACAUUUUACAGUUUUAAACGGCGCUCCAUUAGAGUACACUAGAGAACAUUUAGUGUGCAAUAUGCUAGUACACUGUAGAAAUCACACACCUGUAGUCUGCAUUGCUGCACCAUAUAGACAAGCCCUCAGCUUGCCAAAUGGUAUUGUUCUUACUUGUUGUUUUUAUGUUGCUAUUAUUUCCAUAGAUGUAAUUAAGAAAAUGCCUUACUUGUGAACUAAGAAUCCCAACCAUUUACACAAUAAUAUUAAAGUUU